UUGUAUUUUAUAGAAAAUAGACAAGACUUGCCUAAAAAGCGCUUUAUAAUGGAUCCAAGCUCCCCAAAGAGCUGGGGAACGUUAGAGCAGUUUUCAGCCUGUGCAUUGACAUGUGUGCCAGGGUACGAGAAACUGACACAGGUGUGCUGUGAUACCGGUUUAGAUGCGGUAUGUGCCAAUCUACCGUGGGACACGUUGAAAAUACAGCUAGGAACUUGUAACGAUUCGGCGUCAACAGGGGUUUCAAAGUCAGCAUGGAUUUCUCUGGAGCAAUUUGCCGCAUGCUUCAUCACGUGCGUUACAGGAUACGAGAAACUGGCCGAGGCUUGCUGUCAGACAGGAACAGACGCGAUUUGUAAGAACUUGCCUUGGAGUAUCUUAAAGACACGUCUGGGGACAUGUCAAGCAGCAGCAACAACAACAACAACAAUUAUGCCUGUCUCCACAACACCCCAAGGUUCGUGUCAAGAUGAGCCGCAGGCGGUAGGUUGUUUGGACCCGGACAUACUGAGGGAGGUUUGCAGAGAUCGGCAAACAGCUUUGACUAUCUGUCCGAGGUCAUGUGGUCUUUGUGAUCAGCUUAGUGUACAUACUACACCAAUGAUUGCCACGACAACUCGUACAGAUAGUUGUCAGGAUGAUGUAGCUUCCAGGGCCUGUAUCGACCCUACAAUACUCAAGGCACUUUGUCACGACAACAAAUUUGCGUGGAGAUUUUGUCCAAGGUCAUGCAAUAUGUGUGACACCUGUUGGGACUACUUGAAUUGUACAAGUCCAGAAGCACAAAAGCUGUUUUGUGGACGGGAAGGUUAUGCAAUUCAGUAUUGUAGAAAAACAUGUGGGAAAUGUGCGCAUAAACCAUCGCCCGUCACGGUUAACCAAUGUGGCGAUCCUGUGGCCAAUGAAAUGAUAUGUGAGCUAUUGCAUACAGAAAUCUGCAUUUGCAAUGACCCUUCAGUGAAGGAUUUAUGCCAGAACUUCUGUAAUGAUAAAUGUACCACAAAGGUGUCUAGUCUACCAACCUGUAGCCCAAUAUCUACCACUGCGACGAGAAUGCGAAGGGAUGAGUUAUUACAAAGAAUUUUGAUGAACUAGAAUUACUUUUGUCCACCAAUAAAACUAUUUUCAAAAAUUAAA